ACUCUUCAAACCAUUCCCAUCAAUCAAACUUGCCUCUGCAAACUUACCCACAAAAACAAUCCUUCUCCUCUCUCAAAUCACACUCUGAUCAGCCACCAUGGCGAAAACCUUGUACCAAUGCUCCAUUCUCCUCACACUCCUCGCCUUCCACUCAAUCCUGCUCACCACAGAAUGCAGGCAGCUCCGGUCCAUUACAAACCCACCUCCGGCCGCCAUACUUUCCGAUCACGACGAAGGAUCGAAGGAAGACUUCCGCCCCACUGCUCCCGGCGUCAGCCCCGGCGUCGGACACCCCAAUUUGAAUGACAGCUCGCCCAGCACCGGAGCAAACGAACAGAGCACCAAAUCCGAGGACGCCGAAACCGGAACUAGCAAUGCACCGGGUGAAUCGGACAAUUCGGGCGGGAAGGACGAUUUCCGACCGACGGCGCCAGGGUUCAGCCCCGGGGUCGGCCAUUCGGUCGGGUUGCAGAACAGAGGAGGCGAUGAAAAAACAGGGGAGGUGAUUAUGGCGGCAGAGAGCUACAACAGCGACGAUUUCAGGCCGACCGCUCCUGGGUUCAGCCCGGGAGUCGGGCACGCCGUGCUGACCGACGACAGCGUCGACGCUUUCCGGCCUACGAAGCCCGGGCAGAGCCCCGGAGUCGGCCAUGCGUCGGAGCUCGAAAACAGGGGUGUGAAAAACAGAGGAUACUCUGUUUCGGGAGAAACAGAGGAUUUUAAACCCACGCAGCCUGGACACAGCCCCGGAGUUGGACAUGCCGCCGUGUUUACGAGCAGCAAAAGGAAUGGCAGGAAACGAGAACCGACUCAACCUGGACACAGUCCUGGAGUCGGGCAUGUCGCCGCCAUGAAUGAUGAUGGAGAAAGUAGUACUACUGCUCCUCCUUCGCAGAAGAACGAUUUCAGGCCUACUCAGCCUGGACACAGCCCUGGGAUCGGGCACAAGAACUAGGGGAAAGAAGUAUAUGAUCAUAGAAAAUUAGACAUUGAUGAUCAAACUAUGCACAUUUGGAUGAUUAUUAGUUAUUAUUGAUUAUUGAUUCUCUAUUGUAGUAUGGUAGUGUUUGAGGUAAAAAGGUGGGAGAGAUAUAGCUAAUCCCUAAUUAGUCUGAUGCAUAUUAUAUGUAUGUGUAUUAAAUUUUUAGUGUUCAU